AAGAACUGUCCCGUCUGCCUGUAACCCAACUGCUCCCCGGUGAAUUUUUAGAACACCAAGGCUUUGAACACGGCACUUGACAACUUCCUUACUGCACAAGACGUCUUCACACCCACUCCCACCACCCACUUCCCACCUCUCACGAUGCAGCUCCUCAACACCAUCCUCGCCCUCGCCGCCGCCGCCGCCCCGGCAGCGGCCUAUAUCGACGGGCUCACCUCGGCACCCGCCACGGCCUCGGCCGGCCAGACCAUCACGGCGACGCUGCACUCGUCCAUCUACAUCCAGAACUUUGACGACUACGGCGUCGUGUGGGGGCUGGCGCCGGCGUCGAUCAACCAGGGCAACUGCGGCACCUGCGUCGGCAGGCGCAUCGGGUACACAAACGUCUUUGGGCCCCAGGCCGGGGUCACGGUGCCGCCCAACGGCGACUUUGACGUCUCGGUCACCAUCCCCGAGGGCACGCAGGCGGGCCAGUACGCCCUGGUCGCGGGUGCUUCGUACCUGGUCGGGGCCUCGGGAGUCACCGGAUUCCAUCUGUAUAACAAGACGAUCACGAUUGCCUGAAUGGCACGAGACAGACGACGCUCGGGACGAAAAAAACUGAUUUGGGACCGCGACUUACGAUUUGAUGGAUCGAAGCCAUAAGCUUUUCUGUGCUGUAUUAAUUCAUAAUUGGCGUUAAAUCUG